AUGCUACGGCCAGCGGCAGCAGCAGGGAAGCAACGACAACAACAAGACAAAUCCAUGACGGAAAAGAAUGACGACGACACUACAAAGUCCGAUAUGGAAGAGGAUCAAUACGAAAUUUACUUGGUGAUUGUCGAGCUGAUGCUUGCGGUCUACUAUUCCUACGAUGCCUUGGUCACCUUUGGGAAGCUUUGGCGAGUGCCGAAUUUCAACAUUGAAUCGGAACUCUUUGAUGUACUCUUGGAUAUGGUAGCAUACACAUAUUUGACAGUGCGAUUGAGAUCCUAUGUGAUCGACCACAACAGCAACAGCAACAACAACAAUGAAGACACUGCAAAAAGUCCUCCUGCUGAGGAAGCUACCUCCUAUGUUGGUAUGAAAGACAAAGGUGACGAAAUGGGCGUAUGA